UGUGUUUCUGCAGUCAUUGAUGCUGAAGUUGCUCUGAAGGCUUGUCAGGAAGUUCUGCUCCAAGUCCAGCUGUACAGCGACAACAAGCCCCAACAUCACCAACGACAAAACGUUCAAUUGAGCGAGUGCUGUGAAGCUCCUUGGUUCCUCGGUUCAGGCUCCAGCUCCAUCAAAGAGCAGGACAAGGAAGAAGAGGAACAAAAACAAGGAGGGGCAUCCCAGCAAGUCCUGCCUCCCUCAGCACAAACACCACCUUCCUCACUGCCACCAGCGAUCGCGUCAUCAUCAAAACAGUCAUGGCUGCUCCGCCUCUUUGAGUCCAAGUUGUUUGACGUUUCCAUGGCAAUCUCCUACCUGUACAAGUCGAAGGAGCCGGGCGUGCAGGCGUACAUCGGAAACAGACUUUUCAGUUUUCCUGACAACGACGUGGACUUUUACCUGCCGCAGCUGCUCAGCAUGUACGUGCACAUGGACUCGGAGGUGGGCGACGCCAUCAGACCCUACCUGCUCUACCGUUGUGGGCGGAGCAUCACCUUCUCACUGCUGUCGGCGUGGUUGUUGGGCGCUUACUCGUCCGACAUGAACAUCUCAACGCAGCGUCACUCCAGAGGCACCAAACUACGAAAACUCAUCCUGUCCGAUGAACUCAAACUGUCCGACGCGGCAUCUGCCAGCCCGCCGCCAUCGCCGGCCCACUGCCGCCACCACCGCAGACACAACAGCAGCCACAAAGAUGCCUCCAGCUCCGCCUCCAACUCUGUCUUCACGGGUGUCCCUGUGACGACGGACAUGGAGGUCUUUGUCUCCUCGUCGAGACAAACUCAUCAGAGAUCCAAGUCCGAGGCCACCGCGGUAGGCGGUGGGAGUGGUGGCGUCCUCCGGAGAACAGGGAGUAACCCGAAGGUGGAGGCGGUUCACGACAAGCCCGAGCGUCUCCGCCCGCAGCGUGAGUUUGUGAAGUCUCUGUUGUGCAUCGGGAAGCGUUUGGCGACAUUAGCGACCAAAGAGCAGAAGACGCAGCGACUCAUCUCUGAACUGUCUCUGCUCAACCACAAACUGCCGGCUCGAGUGUGGCUGCCCACCGCCCAGAACCAGCACCACGUGUGCCGCAUCCCUCACACACAGGCCGUGGUUCUCAACUCCAAAGACAAGGCACCGUACAUCAUCUAUGUGGAGGUUCUGGAGUGUGACAGCUUUGAGACGUCACACGUCCCAAACCGGAUCCCGGAGACCAGGAUCCGCUCUGAGAGCGGCGCGGAAAACCUGAACUGUUGCGCCGCAAACGGCGUUAAUGUCCUGUUUUCUGACGGGCUGACGUCAGAGAACAGGACAGGAAGUUUGUCCACCGUCCACAACUAUGACAACGAUGAUGACGCAUGGGCGACCGACGACAUUGGAGAGCUGCAGGUGGAGGUUGAAGCUCACAGCAGCAGUGACAACAUCAGUCAGUUUUCAGUCGACAGCAUCACGAGUUUGGAGAGUAAAGAGACAAUGUUUGUUGCUGCAGGAGACAUCAGACGGCGUCUGUCAGAAAAUCUCGCUCAAACUUCGACUGCGUUCAGAAAAGAUCCUGAAGAUCCAUCUGCUGUCGCCCUCAAAGAACCAUGGGAGGAGAAAGUCAGGUGACCGUUAACCUGCUGCUGUUAAGUUAGGCUAUAUUAACUGUGUGCUCAUGUGUGUUUAGGUUCACCUUUAGUUAGGUUAGGCUUGUUAAUAUUUAACCGUGUGCUCUUGUUUGUUAAGUGUUACGUUCCUAAGUUGUUGUUGGAGAAACAGAACAGCAACACGACAAACCAAGGAUUUAUAUCAGGGCAAAGUUGACGGUUUAAAAAAUAAUGUUUAAUAUUGAUUAACUUGAACACAACAGCCUGGUUUACACAAGGCGGGGGGGGGAAGGAGGGAGGUGGAGUGCCAAAUAAAUGAAAUCAAUAAAACAAAACCAGUCCUAUACUAAACCUUUGUUAUCAAACAAAAACCCUGUCCUCUCUAAAAACAAGAGUUCAAAAUAACUGUCAAAACUGUUACAUGGAUGGCAACGCUCCACCACUAACCUAGUGUAUAUAGACACAGUGUUGGCUACGUGCUGACAUGUACAGGGUACCCCAAACUAAACUAACUCCCUUCCCCACCACACACCAUUUACCAUCAUUGUUGUCUGCCAGCAAUUCUGUCAUGAGAGAGAGUGAGCUCCUCAGCAGGCUCCCUUUUAUUGAGCCUCCAGUCAGGUGAUUGGCCAUGGUAGAAGUUAAGGCGGUGGCCUCAUGUCCUCUCAGGUGCAGCUCAUCAUGAGCAGCACCUGGUGGAAGGAUAGGGGAGGGAGGGAGGAGAGAACAAGAAAACAAACCUAAUGCCCCUGCUGGGCAUGUAACACCCCCACCCAUACAAGUCCAAAUACCUUGUUUGGAACGAAACAACAAAAUCUACAACCCUACUAACUAUGCUGCACGUGACAGUGCGUCAGCAAUAAUAUUUUCAGAUCCCUUCUUAUGGCUGAUUUCCAGAUUGUAAUUAUGAACAAUAAGUGACCAACGCAUAAGACGAUGGUUAUGGUUGUACAUGCGAUGAAGGAAUACUAGGGGGUUAUGACCUGUAAAAACCUUGAUAGGCUUUUCACUUGACCCUAGGUAAACUUCGAAAUGCUGCAGAGCAAACACAAGUGCAAGAUUUUCUUUCUCAAUAGUGGAAUACUUAAGUUGGUGUUUUUCAAACUUGCGAGAAAAGUAACUCACGGGGGUGGUCGAUGCCCUGGUCAUCCUCUUGCAGAAGCACUUUCCCAGCACCAACUGCACAGGCAUCUACUUCCAGCUUAAAGGGGGAGGUGAAAUCUGGGGCAGACAGAACUGGAGAGCAACUCUGAAAUGGCGGUGUUUUUUUGCUGGACACAAUUUUUCUUGACCAUUCUGCUGACCCAGAUGGAGAACAGUUCCUUUCCCAAACUCACAUUUGGCAAGGUUCAGUGUAAGAGAUGUGGCAGAUAAGCCCCAAAAAACCUCCCUCAGUGUGGUUAUGUGACUAGCCCAGUCAUUCGAAUACACCACAAUGUCAUCUAAAUAAGCCUUACAGUUUGAAACAUCUCCUAAAACCUUACUUACUAGCCUCUGGAAGGUAGUAGGAGCAUUGCAUAGUCCGAAAGGCAUAACUGUGUAUUGGAGGAAGCUGUCAGGGGUUGCAAAGGCUGAAAUUUCAGAAGCCUGGGGGGUUAAAGGAACUUGCCAGUAUCCCUUUAACAUGUCGAGUUUGCUAACAUACCUCGCAGGUCCAAUCUCAUCAAUGCACAAGUUGACGGUUUACGAGGUAAAGAAUGUGCAUCAGGGACAGUAAUUGAGUUUACCUUUCGGAAGUCAGUACAGAAUCUCAGACUUCCAUCAGACUUGACAUCUAGGACACAAGGAGAACUACAACUCGGUACUGCAAAUCCAUUCAGCAACAAAUAGUCAACCUCCCUUUUCAUCAUCUCUCUCUUAGCUGGACUAACCCGAUAGGCCCGCUGUUUGAUUGGUAUAGGGUUAGUCAGAAUGAUGUCAUGUGUGAUGACCGGUCUGGGAGGGAAUAUCACUGAAAAGGCUUGGAAAGUCAUGUAUGAGUUUGGCGAUGUAUGAGUUUGGCGAUGUCAAUACUCUGGUCACCAUGGAGAUGAGACAAAUAGUGAGGCAAAUCAGACAAUACCUCAGUGUUGCUAAGUCUCGCCCCCUGUGGUGUAGCGUUACGCAUCACCAGGCCAUCAGCAGCAGCGGAAGUCGUCACCUCAGAGAGUGAAGCCAUAGGUGAAAAUGUUUGGGUUGUAGGUGGCCCCUUUUCAUCCUCUCUUGGGCGGUACAGUUUCAUCAUGUUGACAUGACAUACUCUGGUCUGCCGCCAGUGGUCAGGGGUUUUGAUGAUGUAGUUUGUAUCACUCAGUUUGCUCUCCACUACAUAAGGACCUGAAAAUUUAUGUGAGAGAGCAGAACCAGGUACAGGUAAAAGAAUCAAUACCUUGUCUCGGGGUUGAAACAGGCAAGCAACUGCUCUCUGGUCAUGACGUUUCUUCAUCUUCCUUUGGGAAGAGGUCAGCGCAUUCCUAGCCAAAGAGCAAGCCAGCUGAAGGCGCUCUUUGAGCUUGGCCACAUACUCAGGAAUGCUUUUUUCCUUUAAUUCUGGGCUGAUAAAAUGCUCCUUAAGGACCUUUAAAGGACCCCUAAUCUCACAUCCAAACACUAGUUCAGCUGGACUUAAAGGGGACAUAUUAUACCCUAUUUCCCCCAUUAAAAUAGUUCCC